CGCCUCCAUUGCCCCCCCUCCUCCUCCCUUCCUCUCUCCCCUUGUCGAGAGGCGGCUGCGCGGCGCGCCCUCCUCCUCCUCCCCCCAAAACCCUCCUCCUCCCUCCUCCUCGGGCUGCGCGGCGGCGCUCGACUCCGGAGGGAUUCAGGGGGAAGAAGGUUCGCCGCGCGUGGCUCUCUCUCUCUCUCUCUCUCCCGGGGGCGCGAGAUGAAGUACGUGCUGGUGACCGGCGGGGUGGUGAGCGGGCUCGGGAAGGGCGUCACGGCGAGCAGCAUCGGCGUCGUCCUCAAGUCGUGCGGGCUCCGCAUUACCUCCAUCAAGAUCGAUCCUUACCUUAACACAGAUGCUGGGACCAUGUCCCCGUUCGAACAUGGUGAGGUUUUUGUGCUUGAUGAUGGUGGCGAGGUGGACUUGGAUCUUGGGAAUUACGAGAGGUUUCUUGACAUUAAACUAACCAGGGACAAUAAUAUAACCACAGGAAAGAUCUACCAGUCCGUUCUUGAAAAGGAAAGGAAGGGGGAAUACUUGGGAAAGACUGUUCAGGUUGUCCCGCAUAUCACAAAUGCCAUACAAGAGUGGAUUGAGCGUGUCGCAAUGGUACCUGUAGAUGGCAAGGAGGGACCAGCUGAUGUUUGUGUGAUAGAACUUGGGGGUACUAUAGGGGAUAUUGAAUCUAUGCCAUUUAUCGAAGCUUUGGGCCAAUUCUCAUAUCGUGUUGGUCCUGGUAACUUUUGUUUGGUGCAUGUUAGUCUUGUUCCAGUUCUGAAUGUUGUUGGUGAACAGAAAACUAAGCCGACUCAACAUAGUGUCCGUGGAUUAAGGGGUCUUGGGCUCACACCAAAUAUUUUAGCCUGUCGCAGUACUAAGGAACUGGAAGAAAAUGUGAAGGAGAAACUCUCUCAGUUCUGCCAUGUACCGGCAGCUAACAUUGUCACUCUGUAUGAUGUUUCCAACAUUUGGCGUAUUCCUUUGUUGCUACGGGACCAAAAGGCACAUGAAGCCAUUCUUAAAGUGCUGAACCUUGAUAGCUUUGCUCGGGGGCCAAAGUUGGAUGAAUGGGUCGCAAGAGCUACGUUAUUUGAUGCACUUCAGGAUACUGUGAGGAUUGCUAUGGUUGGGAAGUAUACUGGUCUAUCUGAUUCAUACCUCUCUGUGUUGAAGGCACUCUUGCAUGCUUCUGUUGAUUGCCGCAGGAAGCUUCUUGUUGAUUGGGUUGCUUCUACUGAUCUCGAAGACUCCACUGCCAUUGAGGCGCCUGAUGCUUAUAAAGCAGCAUGGGAUUUACUGAAGGGUGCCAAUGGUGUUUUAGUACCUGGUGGCUUUGGAGAUAGAGGUAUUCAAGGGAAGAUUUUGGCUGCCAAGUAUGCCCGUGAAAACAAUGUACCAUAUCUUGGCAUAUGCCUUGGAAUGCAACUUGCUGUGGUUGAAUUUGCUCGAAGUGUCAUGAAUCUCCCUGAAGCAAACAGCACAGAAUUUGAUCCCAAUGCCAAGACCCCAUGUGUUAUUUUUAUGCCUGAGGGUUCUAAAACACAUAUGGGUGGCACGAUGCGCCUAGGAUCAAGGAGGACAUUUUUCGAGGUUGCUGAUUGCAAGUCUGCUAAAUUGUAUGGCAAUGUCAGUUAUGUAGAUGAGAGGCAUCGGCACAGAUAUGAGGUGAAUCCAGAUAUGGUGCCAGAGUUUGAAAAUGCUGGACUUCAGUUUGUUGGGAAAGAUGAGACUGGAAGGAGAAUGGAGAUAAUUGAAAUCCCCAAUCACCGAUAUUUUGUUGGUGCACAAUUCCAUCCUGAAUUCAAGUCAAGACCUUCAAAACCGUCUCCACUCUUUGUCGGACUAAUUGCUGCCUCAUCUGGGCAACUGGAUAGAUUGCUGCAAGGCAGCUGCAAUGGCCACGUGGUUUCUACUAAACAUUCUCUGAGCAAUGGUGCUUACACAUCUACAGUACACCAAAAUGGGCACGCAAAGAAGCUUGCCAAUGGUCUUUCCAAUGGAACAUAUUAUCCCAAUGGAAAUGGCGUGCAUGCCUAGUUCUUCAGUAGGUGGCCUAAGGAUUUACACAUUCCCUUUUUGCUGUUUCUAUUGAAUUGCAUCAGUUUUGUCGUGGCUGGCCUCGUUAAUCUUUGGUCGCUCGAGG